UUCGUAUGCAACAACUACACGAAGUUACUAAAAGUGCUAUCACGAUAACUUUUUGAUAUGAUGGACUUCAGAGAACAACAAAAGUACAUGUUUCGUGCCAGAUUAAACUAUUAAACUUGUCUGCGAUUUAAAUAUGUUUACUGUAGAGACUCUUGUGAAGCAGGAAGACGACAUACCUCAACUGACGCAGGACACGUAAGCGCCGUUACCACAGCGUUUACGUAAUUUACGUUCAUUUGGGCUGUACGGCAGGUUUUUCUUUCGCCCUAUGUAAAAACAACGUCCUUUACAUUAACCUUAAUUAAAAAAAAUAUUCGUUUUAUUACGUCCUCUUAAAUGUUAUAACGCAAAAUGCCUUAAAAGGGUUUUUAAUAGUCAAAUACAUAAUAUUAUUCAUCGUAAUUUGAAAAUGUUCGUUGGUUUUAUACAUUACUUAUUAUCACUAUUAAUGUACUUCAUUUUUAUGUGUAUAUUUUUCAAGAAUAUAUUAGACAAAUUGUGAUUUAUUUGUAAACGUCAAUGUGUCCGGCCGGUGAUUGUAUAGACCGAGAGAUGGCGCUGUUUCCUAACGUCUGGUUUGUGUAAAGUGAGCAGUUGAUAAACACAGAUUACUUGUACCUACCCUGAAUCACGUCGAUUUUAUUCAUGCAAGAUUAACAGUCAAUAAAUUGCAUUAAAGUAAAAGAGAUCAAUUGUUCUCACGCCUAGCACGUGUAUUCUCAAGAAAGUAGGAUUAAUGCAAAACACAAGUCACACCGUGAGGUUAUUUCCGCUCAAUGACGCUCAGACACACAGUCCAGCCUUUAGAUAUCAAACUUUUGUGUGACAGAAACACGCCGAAGUCCCAGAGCAACCCCUGCAUCCAGCCAGAUCCAGAUCUCUCUCUCUCUCUCUCUCUCUCUCUCUCUCUCUUCCUGCAGUCCAGUGGUUUCUCUGAACUUAAACUGACUGAUCAGUGUGAUCAGAUCUACACUUCAAAUCUCUGCAGAAAUCUACAUCCAGGAUUCAGCCAUGCUGAGAGGGGGAUUAAGGAAUAUGAUGGUUGCUAUGGUGCUAUGGGCCGUCUGGCUGCCCCCCUGUCUUGGCCAGACCACCUCGCCCUCUCAGGAUGGAAAAGUCAAGGUCCGUCUGGCUGGAUACCCUCGCAAGCACAAUGAAGGGAGGGUGGAAGUAUUUUACGACGGAGAGUGGGGAACUAUCUGCGACGAUGACUUCACCUUGACCAACGCUCACGUUCUGUGUCGCCAUCUAGGGUUCGUGGAGGCAACUAGCUGGUCGCACAAUGCCAAGUACGGACCGGGCACUGGUAAAAUCUGGCUGGAUAAUGUCAUAUGUGGAGGUUCAGAAAACAGCAUUGAGAAAUGUGUGUCCCGGGGCUGGGGGAACAGUGACUGUACUCACCAGGAGGAUGCCGGCGUGGUCUGUAAGGACGAGAGGCUUCCGGGUUUCACAGACUCCAACAUCAUUGAGAUGCAAGUGGACGAAAACCGACUGGAAAAGAUUCGUCUGCGUCCCCUCUCAGGUAUCCAUUCGGGCCGUAUCCCCGUAACUGAGGGACUGAUAGAGGUCAAGUUUAAAGGAGGAUGGGGUCACAUAUGCAACACUGGAUGGACCAUCAAAAACUCUCGGGUGAUGUGUGGCAUGAUGGGAUUCCCCUUACAGAGGACUAUGGCAGGGAUACCUCAUAGUUCUCAGAGUGUAUACAGAAUCCAUUCUGUGUCCUGCACAGGAAAUGAGGCUCAUCUGUCAGCGUGCACUAUGGAGUUCGGUGAGACGAACUCUAGCGCCCCCUGUCCCAGUGGUGGACCCGCUGCAGUCAGCUGUGUGCCCGGACCUCAGUUCACACAGAGGAGAUCACGCAGGGUCAAGCUCAAUUCAACGUCUACGGUGCGUCUGAAGGGCGGAGCCAAAACGGGUGAAGGCCGCGUUGAGGUCCUGAAUGAGAACGAAUGGGGCACGGUCUGUGAUGACCACUGGAACCUCCAGUCGGCCAGCGUGGUGUGUAGAGAACUUGGCUUUGGCACAGCUAAAGAGGCCCUGACCGGAGCACGAAUGGGCCAGGGCAUGGGUCCCAUCUACAUGAAUGAGGUUCAGUGUCAUGGAGAUGAGAAAAGCUUAUGGGAUUGUCCUCAUAAGAGCAUCACUGCUGGAGACUGCAAACACAUGGAGGAUGCAUCCGUCGUCUGCAACAUCCCCUACAUGGGCUACGAGAAAACGAUCCGCCUGACAGGGGGGAGAACGCGUCUGGAGGGACGGGUGGAGCUCCUGCACUCCGGGGGCAGCGGGGUGAGGGAUUGGGGGCUGAUCUGUGGGGAUGGAUGGACAUCUCGGGAGGCCAUGGUAGUGUGCAGACAGCUGGGGCUGGGACACGCCAGCAGCGGCCUGAGAGUAAGACGUACACAUAUUCCACAUCAAAACACAAAGCAACACAUUCUCACCAUCUUAUUUCUUCGAAUCUCGGCUGAUAAUAGCAAUGGCUUCUCUUCCGUUCAGGAAACGUGGUACUGGGACAGCGGUAAUGUGACAGAGAUGGUGCUGAGCGGUGUGAAAUGCAAAGGAGAUGAAAUGACUUUAACCGACUGUCAACAUCAUUCUGCGGUCAGCUGCAAGAGAGCAGGAGCCGAGUUUUCUGCCGGCGUCAUUUGCUCAGACACGGCAUCUGACCUGGUCCUGAAUGCCCCAUUGGUGGAGCAGACGGUUUACAUAGAGGACCGCCCCCUGCACCUGCUGUACUGCGCGGCGGAGGAGAACUGUCUCACCCAAUCGGCAGCCAAAGCCAAUUGGCCGUACGGUCAGCGUCGCCUGCUCCGUUUCUCCUCACAGAUCCACAACAUCGGCAAAGCUGACUUCCGGCCGCGUCUCGGCCGACACUCGUGGGUCUGGCAUGAGUGUCACAGGCACUAUCACAGUAUGGAUAUCUUCACCUAUUAUGACCUGCUGUCUCUAAAUGGGACCAAAGUGGCUGAUGGACACAAGGCUAGCUUCUGUCUGGAAGACACCCAGUGCCAUGAGGGUGUUUCAAAACGAUACGAAUGUGCCAACUUUGGAGAGCAGGGCAUCACAGUGGGCUGUUGGGACUUGUACAGACAUGACAUCGACUGCCAGUGGAUCGACAUCACGGAUGUCAAACCGGGAAACUACAUACUACAGGUCGUGAUAAACCCCAACUUCGUGGUAGCUGAGAGUGACUUUACCAACAACGCCAUGCGGUGCAACUGCAAAUACGACGGCAACCACGUCUGGUUGCAUCAAUGUCAUCUUGGCGACUCAUUUAGUGAGGAGGCUGAGAAACAGUUUGAGCAUUACCCUGGCCAGCUCAACAACAAGAUCUCAUAACAUCAUUCUCCAAACAGCGAACCCAGAGAACUGCAACCACCACAUGGAUCUGAACAGAGACAUUUUAUUAACGUUGUAUUACUGUUGAUCUCAUUCAGAUCUGAUGCAACUGUGGUCCAAUCACAUGAUGUCAUACUGAGUUUACUUUUAUAUGAGGUCAUUGAAAAAUUGCAUUAUGUAGUCAAGGGCUUCAGAGACACAACAGAUCCGUGACUGUGUAAAUAUAAGUGGUUGGUUAGAGAAUGGCUGUGGAUGUACGCUUCCUCUUAUGAAGGCUGAACUUAAGUUCAGUCCACGUGAAACAUUUCAUUCAGUGAUAUUAAAAGAUGUAUACACAUGUA